AUGGAGGAUGCGCAAGAAGCUCAGGUUGCUUUCUUGGGCGAUUUGUUCAGCUUGAAGUUUGCGAUACAUGACGUUAUAGAAGACGACUUCUUUUCCUCAGAGGAACGCGAAAUCGACACGACGUCUCCUGAAGAAAGUGAGAAACAGAGUUCUGAGGAUGAUCUCGCCGAGCUCCUCGAGCUCAUCAACAGCAUCAAGCUUCUGCCGGGAUCCUCAAAGAUCAGCUAUGCAACAGCGGGCAUGUUCAACGGCGUCAAUAGCCAUCCCAUCGACACGGGGGCCUUCUUUCAAGUACGCAAGCUCGAUCAGCCCGCACACAACAGGCAGAUAGUGGCCAAGUAUCCCAGGCUCGACCCUGCGCGCAAAGGCGGCGGCAUCUCACGCAAGAACAUCGAGGCCAUCAAAUUGGAGAUCCAAGCGCUCUCGCACCAGCCGAUUCUUGAUCAUCCCAACGUUGUAGAUCUACUGGGCUUCUCGUGGGCAAGGAUGAGUGCCGCCGAAGAACGCAGCCAGAUCGUACCGGUGUUACUGCUCGAGUUUGCGUCUCAUGGCACCUUGCGAGACUACCUGUGCGAUAACGCAACCUCGCCGGCAGAGCGACUUCGGCUUGCAAAAGGUCUAGGUGAAGGACUCGACGCGCUGCACAAGUCGGGGAUUGUCCAUGGAGACCUCAAGCUGGAAAACGCUCUAGUUUUCGACCAUCCGGAUGGCGGCGUCGUAGCGAAGCUAGCAGACUUUGGAUCUGCCGUCCAGCUUCUGGAGGGCGGUUACCAGUACAGAGGCGGAACUCCUCCCUGGACUGCCCCGGAGUGGCGCAAGAGUAUUGAGCCUUGGGAGCAGCAUGCCGCUGACAUUUACUCGUUUGGCCUCCUGAUCUGGACGUUGUGCCUCGAAGGCAGGAACCCCUUUUCUGGCCUGUCCGCCAACGAAAUAGAAGAUCGAAAAACGCGCGAUGUGACCGAGAGUGAUGCUGUCAAAUCUGUCGCCGACCACUAUGAGUUUUUUCGACAUGCCGUGGACGUUUCGACUGAGCUGGAGCAAUUCGAACUCUACCUCACGUCCGUUAUCUGCCCGCGCAAAGCAUUCAGAUACACAUUGAGAUUCGAUACCCACCAGCGGGACUUGGGCGCGGCGUUGUCAGCCCUUUCAGUUGACGACUUCUACGGGGCAAACGAAGACCAAGAUGAGUCGACUUCAAAAGAGUCUCCUCUGAUGUUGAAGGAAUACAAGGCGGCCCAGCUCGAAAAGGCUGGGAUGUGCUUCCAACUCGGACUAGCCUGCCUAGAUGGGUUCACAAGCUACUGGAGCAUUCCUGCGGCCCUCACCUGGCUUGAGAAGGCGGCCACGCUGGGAUCAGAGGCCGCGCGUGGUGUGAUCUAUCGCAUUUUCUGUGCCACGGCACGAUCCAAGCUUGAGCAGGAUCCAGAACUAGCCAGUCGCUUUCGAGGCUUCUUAGCCACUGCGACUGCCAUGGGCUCCAGCAGUGCCAGACAAAGUCUGCUCGAGCUUGAUGUAGAGGCUGCUCGCAUUUCCACGGAAGCCUUCAAGGGACGCUUCCUCCCAGAAGGCAUGGGCGCGGCUACUACGCGACUUGACAAGGGGGUCCUCGAAGCUGUCAUCCACCCGCGCUGGCAGGAGGGCCUUUCUCCAGGUCAAAAAAAAAAGUUUCAGGACCAGCGAUCAAGAACAUACCUCAACCGGAAGAAGGGAAGCAUUCUGCACUUUGCCAGCGCAUAUGGUGAUACUGAUGGAAACACGCCGCUGUUGAUGGCGAUGCGCACAGGGCAUGCACACCUGGCACUGGCACUACUUCGUUACGGAGCUGAUCCCAACGCUUCGAAUGACCUGGGACAGAGAGCCUGUCAUUGGGCGAUCCAGGUCGAUGACCAAGGAUCACUGGAAGAACUCAUCUCUGUCAUGCUUAGUAAAGGCGCAGAUCUCGAGGCUGUUGCCAAGCGAACUGAUGUCAGCGAUGGCCAAGUCUACAGACAGGAGCAGUACGAGGGCACGCCCCUAUUCUGGGCCGUGAUUGAAGGCAGGGAAGAUGUCAUCUCGGCCUUGCUAAAGAACGGAGCUUGCCCUACCACUCCCGGCACAUACAUGAGCCCCUUUGAUCUUGCUGUGGGGUACAACGACUGGCGAACCAUCAGGCUCUUUUCUCAGCACGCUCAACAUCCCAUCACAUCGCGGAUUGUCGGGCCUACGCGGAAAUUAAAGAGAGCCAAGCUUCUCGAAAACGACAGCUGCAGAAUGAGGCCCGUCUCGUCAUGGGAUCUUGCCGAGAUGUUCAUUGACGAGGCCUCUCACAUCAGCCCGGAUGCGGCGUCGAUCCUGCUGGACGGGAUUGCCGCCGAUGAGGGAAAUGGCCCCUUGCCAGAUCUGACUCCUCUCCUCUUCACAUACCCCAGCUCUCACCGUGCCGAGGUUGGAAUAUUUUCGAGAUUGCUGGAUUUGAUCAACCCAGUGUCCGUCGACAUUCCAGAUGUACAUGGAGUUACAUCAUAUCGCCAUGUUACCCCUUUCAUGCUGGCAGUACUUGGUGGCGCCUUUGAAUUCGCGACGGAGCUUCUGAAAAGAGGAGCGGACCCGAACUUCGAGACUGUUCAAGUCAACCUGUCUGGGACAGCGUCGGUCAAAGUCAACAUCCUCCACCUUCUGAUCCUGGUAAACGAGGAUACGUCUCUGGCUGGACUCCGAUAUCUACUUGAGCCGCAACACCCGUUUCACGACCGCAAGCCGGACUUUGUUGUCUCCGCCAUUCAUGGCAACUACGACGUGGCUGUGUCCCUGGUCAACCGAGGCGCAAAAAUCAACGUCCUUGCACAUACGAAGGACGGGAAGCUCAUGUCGCCACUAGACUUUUGCUACGACACGGACACUUACAGCACAAAUGUCCCCCGCACAAGCAGACAUUGGGAAGGUCUCUGGGUCGCGCGGCUUCGUACAGCCAAGUUCCUUACUGGCAGGGGCGGAAGGAUGCUGGUACGCCAUGCCAUGCCCAUUGCGUUCCAUUUCUUGGUGCACGCCUGCUCGGGCAACUGGCCAAGGCUGUUCGCGGAAGCGUUGGAGCAGACUCCCGAAGACCUCAAAACGCGGGAGUACCUGGACACAUUGCUGUUCCGAGCUGCCGACUCUGGCAGCGAGGACGUCGUGAGUCUCCUUAUCGACGCCGGCGCCUGCGUCAAUACCCGGUCAGCGCGUGGACAGACGCCGCUCCAUCGGGCGGCCCAGCGUGGGUACAUGUAUGUUGCCAGGGUGCUCGUCCAGCGCGGUGCAGACGUGAGGCUCCGUGAUGACAAGAGCCGGACAGCAGCGGUGCAGGCCUUCACCCACAAUCAUGACAGCUUGGUUAUGUAUCUCCUGGCUCAGGGGUCGCCUCGGAACCUUCCGACCAUGACCGAGGUGCCGUACACUGUGGAUUAUCUGGAUCGACGAACGAACACGACUUCUACACAGUCGAUCAUCGCUACAGUAUGCUUCUUGCAUCCGCCCAUGCCAGAGGAACCAGGGGCGAGUGCAGAGGAAGCUGACGGGACGAGCUACUGGGUGCUGAGGGUGCGCCGACCAGUUGAGGGCGGUGAGGGCGUUGAUGAGGAGAAUCCUUCGCUGGUCGCGAAGGGAAGCCGAGAGAAGGAGAGGUUGUUGAUCAACAUGAGAGGCGAAGGGUUCCAGGCGGCCUGGAAAGCGGCGCAAGAGCGAGCCAACGAGAGCGGGCCAGCAUCGAGAAGGAACGAGCAGGAUGAUACUUCCGACAAGUAG